UUUUUAUUUUCCCUCACUAAAAAUCUCAGAAGAUGACAAUGAUGAUGAUGAUAUAUCUAUAAAAAGUAUCAUCAUCUCAUAGAUUCCAUCUUUUUCUCUCUUACUUACAUGGAGAAGAAGAUAGAAAAGGAUCUUCAUCAUCAUCAUCAUCAUCAUCAACAACAUCAAAAGGAGAUCAAGAACACAGAGACAAAGAUCGAACAACACCAAGAACAAAAGAUCUCUCAAGCAUCAUCAAACAUCAUGGCGAAUCUAGUUACGUCAUCAUCAUCAGAUCAUCAUCAUCAUCAUCAUCAGUUGGAGCUAGCUGCUGGGAAUCUCUCAAGCAUCUUCGGCGAUACUUCUUCAUCUUUACCUUUUCCUUAUUCUUAUUUCGAAGAUCACUCUUCUAACAAUCCCAAUUCUUUCCUCGACUUGCUCCGACAAGAUCAUCAGUUUGCUUCUUCUUCUAACUCCUCUUCUUUUUCAUUCGAUGCCUUUCCUCUCCCCAACAACAACACCAACCCCUUUUUUACUGAUAUGCCCUUGCCUCAAGCUGAGUCAUCAGAAGUUGUGAACACAGCACCGACUUCCCCAAACUCAACCUCAGUUUCAUCUUCCUCCAACGAAGCUGCAAAUGAUAAUAACAACAGUAUUGGUAAGGAAGUUACUGUUAAAGAUCAAGAAGAAGGAGAUCAACAACAGGAGCAAAAGGGUACCACUAAGCCACAGUUGAAGGCAAAGAAGAAGAAUCAGAAGAAAGCUAGAGAAGCUAGGUUUGCGUUUCUGACUAAGAGCGAUAUUGAUAAUCUUGACGAUGGCUAUAGGUGGAGAAAAUAUGGUCAGAAAGCUGUCAAAAACAGUCCUUAUCCCAGAAGCUAUUAUCGUUGCACCACAGUGGGUUGUGGAGUGAAGAAGAGAGUGGAGAGAUCCUCCGAUGAUUCUUCAAUCGUCAUGACAACCUACGAAGGUCAACAUACUCACCCUUUCCCCAUGACGCCACGUGGACACAUCGGGAUGCUUACGUCACCUAUCCUAGACCAUGGUGCAACCACCGCGUCAUCAUCAUCUUUCUCCAUACCUCAGCCACGUUACUUGCUGGCUCAACAUCAUCAACCCUACAACAUGUACAACAACAACAACAACUCUCUAAGUAUGGUCAAUAGAAGCUCCUCCGAUGGUACUUUCGUUAAUCUAGGGCCAACAUCUUCAUCAUUCCCCGGGUUUGGUUAUGACAUGUCACAAGCUUCUACUUCAACUUCUUCUUCCAUUAGAGAUCAUGGAUUGCUUCAAGAUAUCCUUCCUUCACAGAUCAGAUCCGAUUCUAUUAACACUCAAACCAAUGAAGAGGUUAGGAAAUGAUGAACAACUCUUUUUUUUUUCCCGGGGCAAUUGUUUUUUUCUUUUGGCCGGAUCCGGUUAUAAUAGGUCUUAUGAGGAGUUUUUCACCGGUUUAGGUAAACCGAUGUUGCUGCCUUUGGCUUUUUAAUGUUUUUUUUUUCCUUCUUCAUUACAUUUAGCAUCGGUUUUGUUUAAUCACCACGAAAUAAACAAUCGAUGCUAAGUAGGAACAGAGAGGCUUGUAGCAUAUGUGAUAUAUAGGUAUAACUUCAUUUUUUGUUUUGAGUAUUAAUAAAGAUGUAUCGUUUACUUUUUAAGACGACUUCGGCGAGUGAAGAGUUUAGUC